UUUGGAUCCUUGCACGCAGAGAUUAUACAACACACAGACACCAUGAGCUGUCCGGAGAAAAGCUGCACACAGCCUCAUGUAGUCAAAGAGGAGGUUACAGCGACUGGAAAGUGGGUGAGGCUUGAGAAGACCACGUAUGUGGAUCCAUCUGGAAACACCAGAAUAUGGGAGACGGUGAAGAGAACAACAAGACCAAGCAACACUGAUGCAGACGGUGUGGGGAUCAUCGCCAUCCUGAAGAGAACUCUGCAUAAGGACUGUGUGGUGUUGGUGAAACAGUUCAGGCCACCGAUGGGAUGCUACACUCUGGAGUUUCCUGCGGGUCUGAUUGAUGAUAACGAGAACGCUGAGAUGGCUGCUCUGAGAGAGCUGAAGGAGGAGACUGGCUACAAGGGAGAAGUGGUGGGAGUCACGCCAGUCACAUGCCUGGAUCCUGGCCUGUCUAACUGCAGCACGCAGAUUGUGAUGGUCAACAUUAAUGGGGAUGAUAGUGAAAAUAUAAACCCCACCCAGCAGCUCGGUGAUGGAGAAUUUGUCGACGUGAUUCUUCUACCUUUAGAUGAAUUUCAGAAGAAAAUAGAUGAGCUAUUGAAGAAGGAGAAACUUGUGGUGGAUUCCAAAGUGUACAUUUACGCCAUGGGAAUGUCCCAAGCCUUCUUUAAACCCAACGAGCUCCCGGUGCUCAAACAGUGAGGCAUGAAAUGCACAAAUCCUCCACAGCUAUAAACGGUACAGCAUGAAUAAUACAAUACAAUACGAGUCUGAAUGCUCUAUAUCAGCUGGCGAGAGUGUUUUAGCAGACUUGUGUAGUUGAACACAUUACUUGAAUAUUCCUAACACUAACAGCACUGACUACUGACUUUAUUACUGUGUCAUAAACUUCAUUACACAGUAAUAAAGUGUAUUAGUAAUGAUAUAAUGCAUUUAGGACCAAAAAAAAAUGAAGCUAAUUUGAGAGCAUGUAUAUGCUGCAAGCUCUUAAGUGUUUUUCCCCCCCACGAUUUAACAAGAAGACGUUCUCUGAAGUGAAAACGUUGAAUGUUGCUGUGAUCAAAGGCUGAUUUGUUAUCUGCUGUUGCAGAGCCUGGAAUGAGCACAUCUCUGUCGAGUUCACUGUGCUGUUCAGCUGCUGUUACUCUGAAAUGCAAACAAAAGCAACUGUGUGUCACUCGUAUUAACUUUUAUCUAAUAAACCGCCUGUUAACAUGUCCGCGUCGUCGCCUGCUUGCUUUGUAAACGACAACCUGAAAUUGUUUGUGUCUAUAAGGGGGGAGGGGUCAAUAGUUUUGGAAUUGACUACGUUAUUGAUUAGGCUUAACUUGUUUUAGAUACUAGCACAUUGUAUCGUGCUAUAUAGUACGCCGUUUAUUAUCUAACCAUGCUUAUAACAUCAAUAAUGUACAGUCAUCUCAGAAUUAUUUGCACCCCCUCCCCUCUUUUCAUCAUCAUAAACUUUAAUAUAGCACUUUCAUACGUUUUAAAAUGCAGCUCAGUGGAAGAAAAGACAUCAAAAGAAAUGAAAAGUGGUUAAAAAAUAAAAUGGGCUCAUGAUGACCUUUUGUGCCUGAGCUAGCAGAAAAAAGGAGAGAGAGGAGGAGAAGCUGAGCAGGUACAAUGAGCUGGUUCAGUGCUGCUUUUGGAGUUCAACACAAAGACAAGUAUUUAACAAGGAGCUCAUUCACUCACACACACACACACACACACACAUAUUUGAUCCAGGCUCCAUUAGACCUGAGAAGCACAGCCACCUGACUCUCACACGGCCCUGGAAAGUCUUCAGCCUCACGUGAAAUCAAUGAAAAGACCCUGAACAUGCUGUGUAAACUCUAGAGACUGUCGUGUGUGGAAAUCUCUUUCAAUAUUCAGUUUCUGAAACACUGAAACGAACCUUUCUGGUACCAACAACCACGCCACGGUUAAAGUCACGGAGAUCACACUUUUUCUUCAUUCUGAGGUUUAAUGUGAACGUUAACUGAAGCUCUUGACCUGACAUGAUAUGCAUGGUGCGUAUCAUGAUAUGCAUAUGCAUGGUGCUGCUGCUGAUUAGAUAACUGAAUAAAUGUACAGGUGUUCCUAAUAAAGUGGACGGUGCGUGUUCUACUGACUAGAUUAAGAAGAAGAAGAACACUUUGUCACAUAUAGAUGCAUCUAAAAAAUUUG